AUGGCGAGUGAAGAACAAAACGACGAUGAUGCAUGGGACUUACGUAUGCGACAGGAAGAAGAGGAGGACUUUUUCACGGAGUUAGCUUUACAUGAAACAGAACGCUGGAUUAGCGCUGUAACAAGGAAGAAGUUCCAGUAUCCAGAUGACUUUAGGAAAUCCCUGGAAAAUGGUGUACUGUUAUGCGAAUUACUGAACACAAUAAAACCAGGUGUUAUCAAACGGAUCAACAAGCUUCCAGGACCAAUAGCAGGACUGGACAACAUUAAUGUUUACCUGCAGACGUGCAGGAACAGCUUUCAAUUGACUGAGGCUCACCUGUUCGACUGCACAGACCUAGAAGAUCUAUCCCAGCGGGCUAUAUCAGACUCAGAACACAUUUUGAAGCAGGAGUCUGAUCGACGAGUGAGAAAUGUAGCUAUUGGAAUUUACUGGUUAGGGAAAAGUGUGUAUCAUACCUAUUCUGGACCACAGCUAGACUUCAGUGCAUUUACACCACUGGUACACCACAAUGGCAAAGACAUAAUAUCAGAGGACCACUUCCAACAAGAUAAUUGUGAGUUUGGAGACCAAUCAAGUUCAUGUGGGUCCAAUGAGAUUCACGACAGUGUAAGACAGUCAGUCGACAAUAAACACGUUCGAGAUAGUGCAUAUGACUCGUACGGGUCGUUGUCAAAUUCAAGAGAAUCAGAGUUAAGUUUUUCGCUUGAAGAAUCAAAUAUGCCUGGAGUACAAAUGCGCAGGGCAGAUAGUACCUCAUCUAUAAAUAGAAGUGGCGACUUCUCACUGGCAAGAAAUUCGGAAGAUGACUCGCUGUAUCAGAGCACUCCGGACCUAUCGAGCAAAAAUAGCCAUACACGAACAUCUUCCACGGAUAGCAUGGAUGGACAUGUUUCAAUCCCUACUCGCUCACACGAGAGGAAAACCAGCACCACUAGUGCAAACCCUUUACAAUUUGUUAAAGUGAAUUCAUCCAACGACAUGGCCAAAGUUGCAAGCAUGCAAAUGAAAAUGUCUGAAGAAGUGAAAAAAGUUCGCUCCAAAAAUGAGAGCGACGAACAGGAGUGGCAGUCGCCAUGGGCCAAUGAUCAGGAUGAGGAUUGGAAAGCAAAUUUCAGUGACUGGAGAAAUAAAAGAAGGAGAAAAUCUGAAGCACAAUUACAAAGAGUCGAGGAAACAGACAAAAGUGUAAAGGAAGAAGAGGAGAAGAGACAGGUGAAAAGCUACGGACAGAUGGUGGAAGAAAGGGAGAGGAGAAAAAGCACAGGAACAUUCCUGAAGAAACCAAUGUCCUUUUACCCUGUUGACGAUAAUGAUGACCUCUUCACACCUGUAAAGGUUCCAUCCAGCGCAGCUCCGGUAGAGGAAAAAGUGGAAAAAAUAUCAGCUCCCAAAGUCGAGGCAUCUUCACGUGAACGUACAAAGGCUCCAAUGCUGUCAUCCAAGGAUAGACCAAGCUCCCUUGGUGGUGAUGGUACCUAUAUACAUUAUGACGACACAAGGAGAGCAUCAUGGGCUGCUAGUGAUUCAAGUGAUGAAGAGUCAAACAAGAAAGAUAACUCUGUGGAAUCAGAAAGAUUACAGGACACCAGUGUCCACGAAAGUAGAAAUAAAGAAAAGUCAACUACAAGGAAAAGUGUGUUAGAUAGUGAUUCUUCGUGGAGGAAAGACUCUACACCACAAAGGAACUCAGGAUUAUCAGGUCCUCCUGUUAAAUCCAUUGGAAAAUUAUCAAAUUUGUUAAAAAGCUUUGAACAGAAGGAAGAGGAAGCAAAAGUAGAUUAUUCUAAAGUGAAAAAAUUUAGUGACAUGAACAAGGAUUAUUCCAGAUCAGGACUAUCAAAAUCUUUUGAUCUUCCAAGUUCUAGUUUUAGUUUUUCUGCAAAGGAUAAAGCAGAGACAACACCUGUGAGAUCAAGGAUUACAGAUAAAACGGUUCCCGUGCCAACUAAGGCAUCAGUGGAAAAAGCAAUAAAGAUUAGUCAGAAACCAAACAAUAAAAAAGGAUUUGGAUUUGUGAUAUCAGGCGGUGCUGAUAAACGAGAGCCAGUCACAGUACAAAAGGUCUCACUCGGAAGUGCAGCUGAUGUGUGUGAAGUUCAACAGAAUGAUAAGAUACUGGCUAUAAAUAAACGAGACAUCUCCUCACUGGCUCAUGCCCAAAUCCAGAGACUGAUUGAUGAAGCUGUCCGUCAUGGUCAGAUUGAACUCAAGGUCAAACGCAGUAUCAGUGAUGGAGAUGAUGAAUAUGAUGAGGAGGAGGAUAGCGCCUUUAUUACACAGUCCCCAACAUCUCCUAUUCCAAAGCUGUCGUCUGCUCUAUCACCACGGACACGUGGCUCUUCAGGGUCUUCCACCUCCUCUACUGGCCAUAACUCCAGGGUCAAGUCACCCACUGGGUAUGUGAGCCCAUUGUCAGGGGACAAAUAUGGAAGUGCCACUCGGACAGAAAACCGUUAUGGUUCCGUGUCACCGGUACGAUCACAAAGAACACGCAAUCAAUCCCCAAGUGCUGCCAAACCUGAAUCAUAUCGCCGGAAUGCUUCGCCUGUUGAAAACAGGAAUAUCAACUCGUCUUCCACAGAGACCAGUUACAGAAGUGGUUCACCCUCACUGAACCAGCACAGUUACAGAAGUGGUUCACCCUCACUGAACCAGCACAGUGGUUUAUUACCUAGAGAAAGUUCUCCACUAGGCAGUAGAAGUACACCAGACUCAGCUUCACUAACUUGUAGUGAUCCGUCACCUGUAACAACCAGGAACACAUUUACCCAAGAGGACAGGACAGGGUCACCUCUACAGAGGUCAUCUCCAUUGUUCAAGUCUCCUUCAGAAAGUCCCAGCGGGCCUUCAGAUAGCAAGAUCUACUUUUCUAGCACAGAAAAAUCAAGGCUUGAGGAGGAAACUAACAACAAUGACAUCAAGGUCAACGAUUAUAUUAAGGGUGAGUUCAUUAAAAGUUCCAGUCCUGUGGGCAAUGGAAAUGUUGUUGACGAGACAAUUACACCUGUCAGAAAGGAAAAGGAUUUCAGCAGCCCAGUCCAACAUGAUGUGAUGUCAUCGCAGAAAGCACCAGAAACAGAAAUAACCCCUAAACAGGAAGUGACGAUUUCCACUCGGGAAACAAUCACAGUAAAGAAAAAUGAUCCACCAGAGGUAAAAAGUAGCCAUAAGUGGGAGCCCCAUGCGUCCCCUCCUGUCAGUACAUCUCCUCCUCCAGUUGUUGAGGAAGAUGAUGGAGGUGGACCCCCGGCAAUCCUUCGGCGUUGGCAACAGAGGAAGCCUCGUCCCCAAUCAGCCUAUUCUGCUUAUCCAGCAUUUGAAUCACCCAAAGAGGAAAAGAGAUUGAGUGCUAAUUAUCCCUGGGAGUCUUCCAUUAUCGACAAAAAGAAUGAUACAGAACAGGAAGUAGAAUCGCAGGUAAUCAAACUAGACCACCAGGAGAAUAACUCGAUGCCACCGCCAAAGACACAAGUAGGUCAACCAGUCACGCUGGAAAUUCCUGACCACACAGAGCCUCAAGCCAAGAAAACUUCCAUUCAAAUUGCUUCAUCCCAUAACCCAGGGCUGCUUCAGAUUGACCCUAGAAACCAGAUGACUGAAAAUGAUAAUAAUUUACCAGAGUACAGCUUCCAUGUUAGUCUCAACAAACAGCAAGAAGCAAGAACAUUUGCAAGCCCAGAUAUGAUUGAACAAGAGCGUGAGUUGAUUAGACAGGAGGAACAGCAGGUUUUAGCCGCAGAGAAAAAACAAUGGGAGGAAGAGGAGACUAGGAGAAUUAGAGAAAAGGAGGAGGAGUUACAGAGACAGGCAGAGAUGUUACGACUAGAAAAAGAAAAACUUAAACGAGAACAAGAACGUAUGCAAAAGGAGAGAGAAGAAUUAGAACGCAGUCGUAAAAAACAAUUGGAAACGAAAGAAAAUAGACCAGAGACAAAAAUCUCUCACCACAACAAUAACCCAAAGUCACAAUUUUCAACCUCUGUAAAUACAGAUAGCAAACAAUCACUUCGAAAACUCGAUCUAACAUGGCCACCUCAAAAAGAGGAACCUCCACCGAGGCAAAAACUUACACGGGAAGAUAUGUUAGCUAUGAAUAGGAGAGCUACACCCCUACAACGCAAACCUGAAAUGGAGGUCAACUCCACUGAACCUUCGAAAACAAAAGAUUUCACUUCUAGAGAUGUACCAACCAAAAAUGACCUUCACAAUCUUACUGCUGUUCCUAAACCAAAGUACCGAUCUUCCAGUAACUGGAUGAAAGAAGAUCCACAACCUCUAAAGACAGUUUCAAAAGCAAGAUCUGACAAUAAUAGAUCUAGUCCUAAUUUACACGAACACUGGCUAGUAGAGGAAGCCGAACGGCGGCGUAAGGCAACAGCCAAUCAAAAUUCUCACGGCGCGAUUCAACCAGGGUCCGACGGAAUCGUAAAUCGCUGGCGUGAUGAUUCCUUCUUGCCAAAGCAACAGGCAUCUAUUAAUGCACAGGGAAGUAAUUUAACGCAACCAAGAUCAUUGUCUAGCAAUGUGAGUCACAAUCAUGGACAAGAUAAUCGCCAGUACAUCCCCGCAUCACAGAAUACAAAAGCUAUGUCUCAAACAUUACCGCAAAACUUCAACUACAGUAGUCUGAGCCCCAAAAACCGUGGUGAUCCCUAUGCUCCUCCAAAGCCAACACGAAACUCCAGUUCAUCAACAACAUCAUCUAUCUCGUCCCCUUCAUCUCCACUCAAUCCUUCAGAGCAGUUCAUGGCUGUCAGUGGUAAACAGGCCUGCUCAUAUUGUAGCCAGGAACUUGGUUUUGGUGCUGCCAUGGUGAUUGAAUCCCUCGGUUUGUAUUACCAUGUACAAUGUUUCCGAUGCUGUGUGUGUCACACUGCCCUAGGCAAUGGGUCCCAAGGGGCUGACGUACGAGUGCGGGUCAACAAACUUCACUGUCGGAAUUGCUAUAGUAACGAUGAAGCUGGAUUGAAGUUCAGCAAAGUGUGACAACAGCAGAAUAUCCCUAAAUGUAGAAGAAAUGAUCACCAUGACAACCAACUUUUCAUAACAGCCUUCCAUUUACCAAACAAUGCAUGACUCAAUACCUUGUAAUGAAUUAUUGUUGGACUCUGUAACAAAAAGUGCCUAUGUUAUUAUUUCAGAGUGUUUCUAUAUUUAUAUACUCUU